AUGAACGCUCUGAAUCAGAGCUUCUUCAUGGGCUCAUUUGUCUUCUUGUCUGGCUGGUUCUCGAGAUCUGCCAUUUGUCGCAGCCUCCAGAGGAGAGAGUCUUCGCAUUUCAUGAAAGUACGCAUCUAUCGACUAUUGAUACCGGCCGUCUUCUUUACCUUGUUUAUUGACCCAUUGAUGGACGUGCUGAUGGUGGCAUUUGGGCCGAAUGGAGCUGCCUGGCAUCGAACAAUGCCACGGUUUCUCAUUCUUAGCGGGAGUAUCUUCUGGGAUUCUUGGGUCAAGUUGGCCGGCAUCAAAGGUCCGGUCUGGUAUACGGUACUGCUGGCGAUAUUUGAUACCGUUGCAUUGUUUCUGACACAUCUCACGGAGACUUCCUAUCUCAUGAUCACUCAGAGAAGCGCCUCAACCAUCUUGAAGUUAUGGAUGGCGGUCAUCAUUCUAAGUUUCACUGUCCGACAAGCUUGGCCAGUUGGCGCCGUGUUCGGUCCUCUGAACCUCCAGCCCGCAUUUCUUCCUCAGUACAUCUUCGCAUAUGGCCUUGGUCAGGCCUCGGAAACAGUCCACGACCCUUGCGCUUUCCUUCUUUUUCAUGUCCAGAAACGACCAGCCAGCCGCCUCAUCUGCGCAUUGGCACUGAGCACCAUAUCCCUUGGUGUGAUUGUCUAUAUCCCUGCUGCUUUCGCAUCGGUUGAAAUGCCGCCCCUGGACAUCGAUUCUAUCACGGGUGGCUUGACUUUUACUGCCCUGCUGUACGCAGUAUGGAACGAGGCGAGCUUCGCCAUGAUACUGCCGUGUCUACUAAGUACAUUUUCAAAGUACUUCAAUGAUCCCUGGGUGGUCAAUGAACGCCGAGGAAGGCCACUGAACCUGGCAAGAUACUCGUAUGCGGCCCUUCUGCUCCAUCCGCCCGUCAGCCUCAUUGUUGAAUUGUACCUUGACCACUUAAUGGGUUGUCAUGGAGUCAAUCCUUCCAGGAUCCCUGCUUCUUUUGGGCCACUGCUAUGGACACUGCUCACGGGAUGCGUCAAUGUCGUUGCGUCUUGGUUCGCAGCAGUUUUGCUGGUCGAAUAUGUGCCUUUGGUUGGGCGUAUCAUCUGA